CUUCUCAACAGCCCUGCAGAUUAGGGACAGAGAAGCUAAGAGAGAUGAAGGAACUUGUCCUCUAUUAUGCAGCGAGGACCUGGGUAACCUGCGAUUCAAACUCUCCUCUGUCCAACUCCCAGAGCUAAGUUUGUUCUUUCUUUUACAAACCAAAAUAUACAUUUCAGCAGUGAAGACAGACCCUUUAAAAAGAUAACUUGAUGCAUUAUGUUCAGUGUUACAAGUAGAUACUGAGGUGGGUUUGUUUUGCCUUUGGGGACUGGUAAGACUCCAGUGUGUUGCUGGGUUUUCAACAUGAAUAGGAGUUCACCAGAAAAAAAGGGACAAGACCAUAUUGGUAACAAGAGGGAAAAUUGGAGUGCCUCGGGCCCAGGACUGGGUAGGCAGGUAGGAAAGAGCCAAACAGAGUAAGGGUGGGCCCACACUGUGCAGAAGGGUCUCCCCGGCCAAGUCUGAGUCCACUUUGACUUCUUUCCUCACAUCCUACAUCCAAGCCAUCAUCAAAUCCUGUUGGCUCAAAUACAUAUCUGGAAUCUGACCAUUUCCCACCACCUCCCUUGCUAUCACCCUGGCCCCAGGUCUAAACCCCCAUCAUAUCUCACCUUUUGCCCUUGCCUACCUACAGCCUACUCUUGACAAAGCAGCCUGAAAGACAUGGUAUUUCCUUCUAACAUGGUAUUCCUCAACUGUGGCUACACAUUAAAAUCUAAGGAAUUCUCAACAAGAUCCUAUGUGUGUACCUCACCCCAGAUAUUCUAAUUUAAUUGCUAUGAAGUGAGACUCUGGCAUAGGUAUUUCUUAAAGCACCCCAGAUGAUUCUAACGUGUAGCCAUUGUUGAGAACCACUGUUGCAGUGUGUAAGUCUCAGGUCUCUUUGUCAAACCCUCCAACACUUCCCAUCUCAGAAUACAAUCCAAUGGUCUAAAAGGUCUCCUGUGACCUCUCUGACUUUCCCCAGCAAAUUCCAUUCCAGCAGAACUGGUCUUUUGUUCACUGAACAAGUAAGACACCCUUCUGCCUCAGGGCCUUUGCCCUUGCUCUUCCCUCUGCCUGAAACACUCUUCACCCAGAAGUCUGUAUGACUGAAUCCCUCUCCUUCAGGAUCACCUUGGUGAUGCCUUCCUAGUCUGCCCUCUUUUAAAUGGCAACGCCUGCCCUCUACUCCCUACCCUCCCUAUCCUGCUCUACAGCACUUAUCACCAUCUGACUUCCCGUUUAUUUUAGUUACUUAUUAUCUGACUCUUCUCAACUGGAAUGUAAGCCCCAGGAGGUCAGGAAUUUGGUGUUUGUUUGUUUUCUGCUAUAUAUUCCUAUCACCUCAGUGCUGUCUGACAUAUAGUAGGUGCUCACUAAAUCUUCACGGGAUCACUGAAUUUCUGUAUGUUUAUAUGUUUUGGUGGAAGCUAGCUCAAGCUUUGGGCCAUGUGGAGUCUGAGGCACUAAGCGAUACCAGGGGAGAGGUCAGGCAUUUGAGUCUGGAGCAGAUGAGGACUCAAGCUGCGGGAGGAGCUGAGCAGCCCUGGGAGAAGGGGCCAGGACAAGUCCAGAAGAACAAGGACAUAGGGGCAGACAGAGGCCCCUCCCACCCUCACUUGCUUCUCCCCCUGCUUCUCUUGGCAGCUGACACCUCCAUCUGCCUGGUUACUAGACAGGCAUCUGGGGUCAUCCUUCACUAGUUACCUCCAUAUCUCACCCCCCAAAUCAAGUUCUAUAUUAUUUUUCUUAAUACCUCUAACGUCUGCCCCCUCUGUCUGCACUAACACUAUGGCAGCCAUCCUUUCCCCUAGACUAUUGCGCACCUCCAUUGUUCUCGACAUUGUAGUUUGCAGUUUGAAUGAUCUUUCUAAAACACAUAUUUGACCUUCUCUCUUUGUCUUAAAACCUUUUGGUGGGCUCCUUGCUGCCCUUCGGGCCAAAUCCCAGCUCCCAUGAGGGCCUCUGGGGACGUGGACAGCAUCUCUCUAAAUUCAUCCCUUGCGCAGCCCGGCCAGUAGGCUCCCAUGGCUUCCUUGCACCUAGGGACCUCCCUCUGCUCAGGACCCAGACCCCAGAGCUCAUCUUGGGGGAAGCCUUUUCUGACCGCGCUACCUCUCUGCCCCACUCCCCCAGGCCUCAACUCACGCACACUCAUUACUGACACUGGCGGCCCGUCAACCGCGUGGCGGGGGCGCCUGAAGGAAGUACUGUAAUUGCGAGGCGCCUGUGUGGGUCACCACUGCGUCACGGAGAGAGGAUGGCGAGGUCGCCCUUGGGAGGUAGAAAGGGAGCCAGGAGCCAGUCCUGGAAGCCAAUGAGUGAGUGUGAAGGGUGUUCCGCUGCGUCAGCGAGGCCCGAACCCAGGGCUCAGCACAGCCGGGCCGUGGGAGCGCAGCGCAGGCAGCCCUCGCUUUCCACCAAGGGGCGCUGAGCGCUCCGCGGACCUGGCCGGGGGUCGCAGCGCUGGUGCUUAGCCCGCCGCCCUUCCCCAGCGCUCUUCCUCUCUGGACAUCUGCAGUUGGAGCGGAAGGGGCGGGGACGCGGGCGACGCCAAGGAGCGCACAAUCCAGGGUCCGCGGCCCCGCGGGACAAGAGGCGGCCUCCUGUCUGCGCAGACGCGCAGCUCAGGCCGAGAGGGGCGGGGCCUGGACGGGUCGAGGGGCGGAGUCAGAUUCCGGGCCCACCUCCCAGAACUCCUGAGAGCCGCCGAGUGCUCCGCACCCCGACUGUGCUUAGGGCUUCAGUCAGAGGCGCCGCCCGAGAGACCCUGGGCCGGCGCGCAGCUGCCUCUCCGCGUUUGCCUGUCCGUCUUUGUGUCUGUCUCUGUGUCUGUCUGGCUGUUUCCGAGCUUGCCUCCACUUCCAGAACUAAGCCGCCCCGACACCGACAUCCCGAAAACUCCAGCCCCUUUCUCAUGGCAGGCUACUUGUCCCCCAAAGGCUACGCCCCUUCGCCCCCACCUCCCUACCCUGUGACCGCUGGGUACCCGGAGCCGGCGCUGCAUCCUGGGCCCGGGCAGGCACCAGUGCCUGCUCAGGUACCUGCCCCUGCACCUGGCUUCGCUCUCUUCCCCUCGCCUGGCCCCGUGGCCCCAGCGUCUGCUGCCCCCUUCUUGCCACUGCCAGGGGUGCCUUCUGGCCUGGAAUUCCUGGUGCAGAUUGAUCAGAUCUUGAUUCACCAGAAGGCUGAGCGAGUGGAAACGUUCCUAGGCUGGGAGAACUGUAACCGGUACGAACUGCGCUCGGGGGCCGGGCAGCCCCUGGGCCAGGCGGCCGAGGAGAGCAACUGCUGCGCCCGUCUGUGCUGUGGUGCCCGCCGGCCACUGCGUGUCCGCCUGGCAGACCCCGGGGACCGGGAGGUGCUGCGUUUGCUCCGCCCACUCCACUGUGGCUGCAGCUGCUGCCCCUGUGGCCUCCAGGAGAUGGAAGUACAGGCUCCACCAGGCACCACCAUUGGCCAUGUACUACAGACCUGGCAUCCCUUCCUCCCCAAGUUCUCCAUCCAGGAUGCCGAUCGCCAGACGGUCCUGCGAGUGGUGGGGCCCUGCUGGACCUGUGGCUGUGGCACAGACACCAACUUUGAGGUGAAGACAAAGGAUGAAUCCCGCAGUGUGGGCCGCAUCAGCAAGCAGUGGGGGGGGCUGCUCCAAGAAGCCCUCACGGAUGCAGAUGACUUUGGCCUGCAGUUCCCGCUGGACCUGGAUGUGAGGGUGAAGGCUGUGCUGCUGGGAGCCACGUUCCUCAUUGACUACAUGUUCUUCGAGAAACGAGGAGGCGCUGGGCCCUCUGCCAUCGCCAGUUAGAAGCCACCUCGGUGUGAGGAGACCAUCACCUCAACCAGAACUCAAGAUGGUCACUUGCCCUGGCCUGGCCCCUCCUCAGAGGCAGCCCCUUUCCUCCAUGUGCACUGCAGGGGACAGACGGGAGGCCCAUCCCUACCCUACUCCCUGGCCUCCUCCCCUGUGGUACCCACAGAAGAGUAUGUAUGAGAACCUGUCCCCUGCUACCUCCCACCACUGUCUCCUAGCAGUCCCUCAGCACACAGGCAUAUCGGCUUUCAAACUUCCCCUACCCACUCCCUCUUGCCCCCUUCUGGGGGCCUCUGGAACCCAGGACUUGGGUUUUACAGUUUUGUGACAGGGCUGGGUGGGGAAGGGCAAGCGGCACCAAAGAUGGCAGACAUAGCCACCUGCAUCAGCUUGGCCAAUUAGCUCAGCCUCAGACUAUGGCACUUUGAGGGGGUCCCCACCUCCCUACCAACAGCUUUAGGGGCAGGGCCCCAGUGCCAAUUUCCUUUCCCCCUUGGGCCCUGCCCACAGCUGGUGCUUGCUGCAGCUUCCUGUGCCUUAUUUAACCACCCUUUCCUUCCCUUGCCCUAGGAAGGAGGCUGCAUCUUUGUAUGUUAUAUUCAUAUAAACUUUGUAACUUUUUGGA